UCUCAACCGGAGCGAAGGUGCCGCUGGCUGGCUGGCAGCGCUGGCAUUGUACGCAAACAAGAUCGCGACCGAGCUUCGCAGGCAACGAGCACAACCACGACACGACACGAAAGCAUCGCGACCACGCCCUUCCCAGCCGGCAUUGGAAGCACAGCAAGCUCGCAGACCCAGUCGCCAUGCUUUGCGGAAUUUCGGGCGAGGCUCCCCAGGAGCCCGUCGUGUCCAAGAAGUCGGGCGUCGUGUACGAGAAGCGUCUCAUCGAGCAGUAUGUCAACGAGAAUGGCACAGAACCCAGCACAGGCGAGGCCCUCACUGCCGAGGACCUGCUACCCAUCAAGUCCUCUGCCAUAGUCCGGCCGCGCCCUCCCACCCUCACCUCGAUCCCCGCCCUGCUGGCCACGUUCCAGAACGAAUGGGAUACCCUGGCGCUCGAGACGUACAACCUCAAGGAGCAGCUGGCGCGCACGCGCGAGGAGCUCGCGACCGCGCUGUACCAGCACGAUGCCGCCGUCCGUGUCGUCGCGCGGCUGACUCGGGAGCGGGACGAGGCGCGCGACGCGUUGAGCAAGGUGGCCGUCACCGACGGCGCGACGAAUGGCGACGAGAUGGCGGUGGAUAGCGUCGAGGCGCUUCCCGAGGAUCUGGCUGAGCGCGUGGACGAGACGCAUCAAAGUCUGUCAAAGGGUCGCAAGAAGCGCCCGGUGCCCCAGGGUUGGGUCACGGCCGACGAGAUUUCCGCAUUCGAGAGCGAAGCGUCCAACUCCCUCCCCUUGUCGCAGGCUACGUCACUUAGCCUUGAGGGCGACUACGCUGCCCUGGGCGGCCUUAACGGCGAGGCUGCUAUAUACUCUGUUCAAGCCGACACUCUGGAGCUGCAGGUGGCUGUUAAUGAGCCCGUCACCGACACGCUGUGGUCCGGUGUCAAGCUGUUCUUCGCCACGAGCAAGGGCAGCGUCAAGGCGUACGAGGCCGGUAACGAGGUUGCCGCCUUGUCAGAACAUGCCGGCCCUGCGACGGCACUGAGCGCCCACCCUGGCGGCCAGAUUCUAGGUUCCGUCGGUACGGACAAGGCUGUCGUCCUUUACGACACGGAGACGAUGAAGCGGGUUAGCCGCGCAUACACGGACGCUUCUCUGACGACGUGCGCCUUCCACCCUGAUGGCCACCUCUUCGCGGCGGGCACCGUGACGGGCGACAUCAAGCUAUUCAUGACCAAGACGCUCGAACAGGCCGCGGCGUUCAAGCUGGGUGCCCCGGUCCAAGCACUGGCUUUCUCCGAGAACGGGUUCUGGCUGGCGGCCACGGCCAAGGGCCAGACGACAGUAACCGUCUUCGACCUGCGGAAAGAGGGGGACGCGGCUACGGCCAAGGUGCUGGAGGUGGGCGGGCCGGUGCAGUCGCUAGCCUGGGACUAUACGGGCCAGUACCUGGCGACGGGCGGCGCGUCCGGCAUCACGAUCCAGCAAUACGCAAAGUCGAGCAAGAAAUGGAGCGAACCGUUCCGGAACUCGGUUCCGGCAGUGGCGGUUCGGUGGGCGGCAUCGGCGAAGAAGCUCGUGGCCGUCAACGGCGAGGGUGUUGUGAGCGUAUUUGGCGCCAAGGCAUAGAAGAAGGGAGACCUUUGGAGUACGGACUGGGAGAGGGACUGUUUUUCGUUGCGAGGCUGCAGCAACCAGAUGUUUUCCAAUUUUGCGCCGCCUGCGGUGGCCGGCUGUACAAGUAUAUUCGGGCGGCUUGUUCAAGGGCCAGGCUGGGACAAAUUGAUAUGCAAGCUCUGCGGGAUCCACGGCAGUGAACCGCGGCAGACGGUGUCUUCUUAAGCGAGC